GUGAGGGAGGUGGUAAUAUCACAACCUGGCAACCACAAUGAAACGGAGCUUGCUGGGUAGCUUUACUGGAUCUUUCAGCACGGUUUGUUUACGAUUUGAACAUCUAUACUCUGGACCUUCAGAUCUAAUUUCCUUUAGCCAUGUGUGUGCCGCCCUGGAGGAUCCAGCUGGCUUUGACGUGGCUGUUGUUGCUCUGCUUCACGCCACGGUGCAGCUCGAGGCCCGAUCCGCACCAGCGAGAGGUUUUGAUAAAGAUGGAGGCUAGCAGAGAGAUCGGCGGUGGUGUGGUGCUGGACAAGAAAGAACAGCUCCUCGAUAAAAAACUGUACCAGAUGAAGCAACAGGAAAUAGCAGCGCCAGACUUCCCUCCUGCCAUGCACUUCUUUAAAGCUAAGUCUCUGAUCGAUGCAAGUCCAGUCUUCAGCGUUCUACAGAAGAUGCCCAAAGGUGCAGCUCUCCACGUGCAUGACUUUUCCAUGGUGGGAGUUGAAUGGCUGGUGAAGAACGUGACCUACAGGGAGAACUGUUAUGUGUGUUUCACCAACAAUAGCUUUGUGCGCUUUGUGUUCUCCUCUGUUCAGCCCAAAGCAGCAUCUUACUGCUCCACCUGGGCUCUGCUCAAAACCUUGAGGGAGAAACACAACACCACUGAGCUGGACAACAGCUUUAUUCGAAACCUGACGCUGUUUACUGAGGACCCAGACAGUGACUACUCCAACCAAGACGUCGUCUGGAAGAGGUUUGAACAAGCUUUCCUGGUGGCCUACGGGCUGGUCACGCAUGCUCCCGUCUUUAAGGACUAUCUUUAUGAAGGUUUCAGGCAGUUCUACAUGGACAACAUCAUGUACGUGGAAAUCCGAGCUCUUCUGCCGCUGACGUAUGAGCUCGAUGGCAGAAAGAACAGUAGAGACUGGAGCAUGAGGGCUUGUCAGGAGGUGCUCCAACGCUUCACGGCUCAGUAUCCAGACUUCUUCGGAGCGCGAUUUAUUUUCACGGUCCACAGAGGCUUGAAUUCUACACAAGCUGUACAGGUGGUAGAGGAGGCUAUGCUGCUGCAGAGGAACUUUCCAGACAUCAUGGCAGGCUUUGACUUUGUGGGUCGUGAAGACAGUGGAAAUCCUCUGUGGUACUUUAAAAAGGCUUUGGGGCUGCCGGAGGAGCACGGCGUCCAACUGCCAUACUUCUUCCAUGCCGGAGAGACUGAUUCAGAGGGCACAGCAGUGGAUCAGAACAUGAUGGACGCUCUGCUCUUCAACACGUCUCGGAUCGGACACGGUUUUGCGAUGCCGCGUCACCCGGUGGUGAAAGAGCUCGCCAGGAAGAUGGAUGUAGCAGUGGAGGUUUGCCCCAUCUCUAAUCAGGUGCUGAAGCUGGUCUCGGAUAUGCGAAACCAUCCUGCGGCUGUACUAAUGGCAGAGGGUUAUCCCAUGGUGAUCAGCUCCGACGACCCAGCUCUGUUUGGAGCGACUGGUCUCUCAUACGACUUCUACCAGGCCUUCGUGGGCUUCGGUGGAAUGAAAUCCAAUUUAGCCACACUGAAAGAGCUCGUGUUAAACUCUCUGAGGUACAGCUCCUUGUCUCCCACUUUGAAGAAAAAAGCCAUUGCAGCUUUACUUGAGAAGUGGGACAAGUUUGUCUCUGAGACUUUGCUGUAAACUUGCUGGAGAAACUGUGAAACUCAUUUGUUCACGUUUGGCAAACUGCACUUCACUGUUGGUCCGUCCAUCAGUACUGAUUUUACUGAAAGAUGGACCAUUUGAGGGUUUUGAUAUAUAUUGACGUGCCUCCCCCCCCCCCCCCCCCCCAAAUAUAUUUGUUUCACCUGGAGCCAAGUGUAUGGAUCCAUUAAGAUUUCUGAGUGGAAAGAUCGCCCUCUGCUGGACAAAUUCAUUUAUUGAACUCAAGCUGUGCCACAUUUGACUCUCCACUACAACAUAAUAAACUGUCAUUUUAUUUCAGAACCUAUGAAGCUAAUUUAAUCAAGUUUUACAAACAUACAUGUACUUGUAAUACAGGUGAGGUCAUAAGUUUACACACGCCUUGCAAAAUGUUAAAAAAAAUUUGAAAAAAACACAAGAGGGAUCUUAAAAAUGGUAUUUUAAAAAUUAUUAUGUACUGUGCUGAAUAAGCUGUUUCACAUAACAGAUGUUUUAAAAACACCUGUAAUAUAUGUAAACUAUGCUGCAGGUGUACAACUGAUUUUGUUCUAUUUAACUAUUGAGAGACAGUCUAUUAUUUUUAUCCUUAGGCUAAGAAAAAAGAUAAGUCAAGAUAAGAAAGUCAUCAAGAAAUGUAAGAAUUAAACUUGGUCAAAUCAUGGUCAAAUAUCUCAAGUAAGAAAUAUGCGGUUUUAGGAAAAUGAUCAACGACGGGGAGGUGUGAUGUGGCCCGACACAAAGCAGAGACACUGUUACCACUUCAAAGUUGAUUAUUUUCCUAUAACAGCAUGUUCUGUAGUGUUUUAUUCCCUUUUAUACCACAGCCAUUUGACAAUCCUAACAAUUCUUAUUUAUUAAAGAACCACAUACAUUUUAUCCAUUUAUAGUUCCAUUUAAUGUUGUGGAUCAUCCACAAAACAAGUUUGUUCCAGGUUAUCAGUUAACGUUAUAGCAGCUAUAAACAGUAAUUCCCUCACCAGAAAGUGUAAAUCCCUGGUAUCAGGACAAUGAAAGUUACAACUGUUACGAAGUACUGACACUGGAGACUCCUUCCAUAAAUGUUACAUAAUCGUCUCCUCAAAGAAAACCUCACCAAAACAAUGUUUAUAUGUUUUUGUUGUUAAAUAACACUUUUAAAAGUGUUUAAAGUGCAUUAAUAUUGUAUAAACUGUGAUUUGCAGCUGCAGUUCUAUCAGAGCUGCUGUUAUAGAAAAUUAAUCAACACCAUCUGACCAAUCAGAAUCAAGCAUUUAUCAGUACAUGUCCUGGAGAAAAUAACAGAUUAACCAGAUGUAAUCUUAAUUGUGAAGGUUUAGAUGUAUAUACUACUUUUAACCACUUAUUUAUGCAGCUCUUUUGUGUGUGUGUGUGUGUGUGUGUGUGUGUGUGUGUGUGUGUAUAUAUAUAUGUCUUUUUAUUAAUUACUUACUCAUAAUAGAUGAUGAUUUGUGAAGGUUGUUACAUGUGUAAUCUCAGGGACGCCAAGUGCUUUAAGCUGUCUAUCUGAUCAUUCACUCUUAUUCUAAUAAUAAAUGACAUCAUAAUGAGAUCACAUGAAUUUGCUAGAAUCAACAAAUGCCAUCACUGUAGAAAUUUAAACACAUCUGCAGUAAAUGUAUUGAGAUAACAAUGAAUGCUGAGUAGUUUAUGUAAUGAUGGUUUAAACUGUUUGUGAAAUUGUUUAAAGAUUUGAAAUGGUGUAAUUGUUGCUUUCAAUAGAAAUAUGGCGUUAAAGUA